CUGCUCACUCUGAGGCUGUCGACGCUGCUGCUGCUGUGAGACUCCUCUUCGGAACAAUAGGGAUCUUUGUCUCCAGUCCAAGUAGUGAUAGUCCUCAAACGAGACAGCAGGGAUCAGCCAUGCCUUUCGGUAACACGCACAACGAGACGAAGAUGAAGUUCUCCUCUGAGCAGGAGUACCCGGACCUCAGCAAACACAACAACCACAUGUCCAAGAUCCUCACUCCCGCCAUGUACGAGCGGCUGAGGAGCAAGCAGACCCCCAGCGGAUUUACCCUGGAUGACAUCAUCCAGACCGGGGUUGAUAACCCAGGCCACCCCUUCAUCAUGACGGUGGGCUGCGUGGCAGGAGACGAGGAGACAUACGAGGUCUUCAAAGAGCUGCUGGACCCCGUGAUCGAGGACCGCCACGGAGGAUACAAACCCUCUGACAAGCACAAGACCGACCUUGAAUCUAGCAACCUGAAGGGUGGUGACGACCUGGACCCCAACUACGUCCUGAGCUCCCGAGUCCGAACAGGCCGCAGCGUCCGCGGCUUCUGCCUGCCGCCUCACUGCAGCAGAGGAGAGAGGCGUGCCGUGGAGAAGCUCUCCAUCGAAGCUCUGGCCUCACUGAGCGGAGACCUGAAUGGAAAGUACUACGCCCUGAAGAACAUGACUGACGCCGAGCAGCAGCAGCUCAUCGACGACCACUUCCUGUUUGACAAGCCAGUGUCUCCUCUGCUGCUCGCCUCAGGGAUGGGCCGGGACUGGCCCGACGCCAGGGGCAUCUGGCACAACGAUAACAAGACCUUCCUGGUGUGGGUGAACGAGGAGGACCACCUGCGUGUGAUCUCUAUGCAGAAAGGCGGCAACAUGAAGGAAGUGUUCAACCGCUUCUGUACCGGACUCACCAAGAUCGAGACCCUGUUCAAGGAGAGGAACCACGCUUUCAUGUGGAACGAGCACCUGGGAUACGUCCUCACCUGCCCCUCUAACCUGGGCACCGGCCUGCGUGCUGGUGUGCACGUGAAGCUGCCCAACAUGAGCAAACAUGCCAAGUUUGAGGAUGUUCUCAAGAAGCUGAGGCUCCAGAAACGUGGAACUGGUGGAGUCGACACCGCCGCUGUGGGCGGAGUGUUUGACAUCUCCAACGCCGACAGACUGGGCUUCUCCGAGGUGGAGCUGGUGCAGAUGGUGGUGGAUGGAGUGAAGCUGCUGGUGGAGAUGGAGAAGAAGCUGGAGAAGGGCCAGUCAAUCGAUGACAUCAUGCCCGCCCAGAAGUAAAAACCAUCCCGACUCCCAGCAACACCCCCCCCUCCAUCUGAAUGAAUGUUU